ACGCUCGAACUCGUUACCCUUUGAUCCGCCAUUAACGUUGGGCUCGAGAAAGAGAUGGCUCCGCGACGUCUCCCGACUUUUCCCUCCCCCUCCUCUGCAGAUUUUCCCGAGAAACGAACAGAGGCGCGUCGUCACUCGGUUUUCCCACCGAGGGUCGGCUUCAAAAUCCCUCCUUUUCGCUUCGGCGGACGCCUCGAAGCACAGAGGCUCCACCGCGAUGCUCUCCACAAGAAGACAGGGUGAGCUGUCGUGAGGGGGAGGGGAAAAGGAAUUUAUAAAGCGGGCCCUCGUUGUGUCCGCGGAAAGGAUGAAGACCCUUUUGGAUUAUUACGUCGGUCGCCACCCAGUUGUUGCACGCUGCGAUGAUUGCUGCCGAUUUCGCUCACCGUCACAGCGUCGGUUAUUGCACUCCUGGUUUCGUAUUGGACUUCCAUUUUUCGCUGCAUCGAGCGCUUCGCCGAGCAUCGAACGAUCUGUCGAUAAGACAUGGGUGUUUCCCCUUAAGCGGCUCAGUGGCUCUGUGAGUCACUCGCGAAGAAGUUGGUGAUGGGGGACCCCCGAUCGUUGCCUCCGGAGAGCAUGCUGCGACACACGAUCGACAGAGGAGGACCAUACAGGUUACUCUCUUGCUCAAGUAAAAACGACAAAGCAGGGGUGUUACAGGAGCUGGAAAAGGGUGUGAAACCAAAUUUGGCUGACUAUGAUAAGAGGACAGCUCUCCAUUUGGCAUCAUGCGAAGGUUGCACUGAGGUGGUUGUGCUACUUCUUGAGAAAGGAGCUGAUGUGAACUCCAUUGACCGUUGGGGUCGAACUCCAUUAUCAGAUGCCCGUAGCUUUGGUCACGAGGACAUUUGUAAGAUACUGAUGGCUCGGGGAGGAAUAGAUCCGGUCGGACGUGAUGCACAAAAUCCAUGCUAUGAGAUCGACUUUGAUGAGGUUGACAUGGAGAGUGCUAUUCUAAUUGGAGAAGGAGCGUUUGGCGAAGUAUAUAUGGUGAAAUGGCGUGGUACAGAAGUUGCAGCAAAAACAAUACGUUCCUCCAUUGCCUCAAAUCCAAGAGUUAGGAGUGACUUCAUGAAGGAACUGGCUCUUUGGCAGAAGCUGCGCCACCCUAAUAUUGUGCAGUUCCUUGGUGUUUUAAAGCAAUCUGAUCGUUUGAUCUUUCUCACUGAGUAUCUCCGCAAUGGAAGCUUGUUUGAUACACUGAGGAAGAGAGGAAGACUUAAUCCACAGACUGCAGUUGCAUAUGCUUUGGAUAUUGCAAGGGGUAUGAAUUAUCUCCAUCAACAUAAACCGCACGCAAUAAUACACCGAGAUUUGACGCCGAGGAAUGUGUUGCAAGAUGAAUCCGGCCAUCUUAAGGUGACAGACUUUGGCUUGAGCAAGAUUGCACUGGCUAAAGAUGCAGAGGGUUACAAAAUGACUGGUUGCACUGGCUCAUAUCGUUACAUGGCCCCAGAAGUUUAUCGUCGAGAAUCAUAUGGGAAGAGUGUUGAUGUCUUUUCAUUUGCCAUGAUCGUCUACGAGAUGUAUUACGGGGGACCAUCUCAUAGGGCACAAACCCCAGAACAAGUCGCUGAUAAAAGAGCAUACGAGGAUUCCCGUCCACCGCUCUCUUCAUACAUACACCCUGAAUCAGUUAGAGCGUACCUUACACAACAAUCUGACCCAAAACAAGUGCGUCAAACUCAGACAGAGAACCCCUCGUGUAUCAUUUCAUAAGUUAUCUUUCACUCAAGGUGAGUUUGGGGCGUGUUACUGCCGUCCCUUUUGCAUGUACCAACAUUCCUCACUAUAACCCGGCAAUGUUGAGGCCAUGACAUGGACCGGAAUGCUACAACCACCAUCUUGUCCCUCUGCUCUACCGGAUCAGAGUGGCUGCAUACAGGGUCUCCACAGCAUGAGCAUGAUGCUCAUGGCUUGCAAAAUGGACAGGACGCUACUCUGGGUUGGCUUUGCUUCUUGGGAGAAAGACGCGAAGUCAUGUAUAAACAAGGGCAUAUAUGCAAAGGUCAACGUUGCAUUCUGGAGGCGAGAACAAAGCGAAGCAAUGCUGAGGAAGGC